CUUCUCUCUCUCUAUCUCUGUGUGUGGCUUGGUACACUCUUUCUGUAGGGACAUACAUUGAAAAUUUUCUUGAAUUUCACAGGUAUCCCACCUGCAAUUCAAUGGAGAAAGCUCUUGAAACGCAGCCAAAAACCCAAAUUCAAUCGGAAAACACCCUUUUAGACCCCAAAACCCCACCUCAGAAUCCAUUAAGCAAACAUAAUUCUCAAACUUCUGCUAAUGAUCCUCCCAAAACUGGAUCUCCUUAUCGCCUUAAGGUCCCCAAGGCUUUCAAGUACCCCGAGAGGUACACAAGCCCAACUGAUCAUAUGAUGUCUCCUGUUUCAAAAGGACUUCUUGCUAGAAGUAGAAAGCCAGCAGCACACUUACCUCCAUCAAGGAAUCAAGAAUCAACCCAAGAUUCAGGAUUUGCAUUUUCAGGAGGUUGGUCUUUUCUCAGUGUGAAGUACUAAUAGUGUUUGAUAAGUUUGGACAUGUACAUCAUUUUUCUUUCUAUUCAGUAGGGUGCUUUUUAACUAGUUUUUUUUUUUUUUGUUGGGGGGG